AUGCCGCCUCUGAUAUUGGUCAUAAUUAUUUUAUUGGCUAUCAUUGUUUACAUUAUAGUGCCAAUGCCGGAAUAUCAGCCUCCGGUGGUGCAAUCCUCGUCGACAGUUUCAACUCGAAAAGAACAAGACUUAAUCCGUAUUCAUGCUCCGUCAGAAGGCAGCAAUCCUAAAUCCUCAGUUUCAUCGCGAAGGGAAGACUUGUUGAUCUGGAACACUCUUCAAUUCUUGUAUAAUAUCAGGCAACAUGAAAGGAGGGUUUAUUCUCAAGACAAUGAGGACGGAGUGAUUGAAUACUUGUUUGACAAUAUGGGAACUACAAACAAAAGAUACGUCGAGUUCGGGACUCAGUCAUGUAGUGAAUGCAAUACCCGUUGGUUAUGGGAAGAAUACGGCUGGGACGGUUUGCUAAUUGAUGGAAAUGGAAAGACUGGCGAUUCUCGAAUCAUUCGUAAUCAUUACAUUACAGAAGACAAUAUCGUUGGGCUGUUUCAAAAGUAUGAUGCUCCCAAAGAAAUGGAUCUUCUAUCUGUGGAUAUCGACAGUCAAGACUUUUACGUAUUGGAUGCUAUCCUUCGUGGAGGUUAUCGACCACGAGUUGUUGUCGUUGAAAUUAAUCGCAGUUUUGGGCUUAAUGAGUCUUAUACUAUUGACCGCUCUGUACUUGUAUGGAAAGGCGACUCGGCUUUUGGCAUGUCACCACUAGCGGCCAACCGUCUCUGCAACAAGUACAAUUACCAUGGUGUAUACCUUCAAGCCAAUGGUGUGAAUUUGUACUGUGUGUCUCGAAAGGCGAUGUCUGAUCUCGUCUUCUCUAAAACCAACAUUCGAAUUGAACCAAACGAGCUCAGGGAAUACUUGCCACAGUUUUCGUAUUGGUGGCAUAAAACAGAAGCAAUCCAUACGGACAGUUUGAUCAAGUUUAGGAAAGAGUUUUUAUCGUUGCCAUGCUGGAUGGUUGUUAAUGAGGCUGGUGAAGCAGUAAAUCGUACCAUUGGCAUGUAA